AUGGACGUUUCAAGGAACAAAGUCGCAGUGAUCGGACUCGGUGCCUUUGGUAUCGUGGCUCUGAAGAAUCUUGCCGAAGAGGGUUUCGAAGUGACCGGAUUUGAGCGCAACCCCUAUGUUGGUGGUCUUUGGAAGUUUACUCGAGAGGACAAGACUUCUGUGCUGCCUACAACUGUCGUUAACAUUUCAAAAGAAAGAGGGUGUUUCACAGACUUCCCGUUUCCUGAUGCGACGACCAGUCAACCUUCGGCCGAAGAGGUGGCGCAGUAUCUGGAGGACUAUGUCGAUCACUUCAAGCUGCGAUCAAUGAUGCGUCUCAACACAGUUGUCACUCAUGUAUCGCAUGAUGAUACUCUCAACAAAUGGAUUAUUGAAAUUUCUGAUUCGCCAAACGAAAUGUUCGACAGGGUCAUCAUCGCGACAGGAAUGAACCAAACACCGAACUAUCCGAAUGUCAAAGGGAUUGAGCAGUUCAAGGGCGAAACGCUCCACUCCAAAUCUUACAAAAGGUCAACCACACUAUUUCAGUCUGGUCUUUCCUUUGCUAAUGCGCAGUUUAGCCCAGAGAACUUCGCAGGGAAGAAAGUGUUGGUCUUCGGCUUGGGAAACACCGGCGCUGACACUGCAACAUCACUUGUGGGCCAUGCAAGCGAGAUCUAUGUUUCUCAUCGAGAAGGCGCUCUCAUCCUUCCUCGAACCAACGAAGGCCGUCCGAUUGACCACACACUUAAUAUUCGCUUGAUCACUUUCCAAAGGCUCCUCGAGCGGUUCUUCCCUAAUUUAUCUGAACGCCUUUUCAAUGGAUUUGUUAAAAAGCUGCAGGAUUCUGCAUUCAAAAUCCGUCCUGAGUGGAAUCUCUCACCAGCACCUUCGAUCAAAACUAGCACCCCAGUCGUCUCAGACGAGAUCGUCCCAGCGCUUGAGAGUGGCAAAGUCCACUCUGUCCUAGGUGUCAGCUGCGUAACCGGGCCGAAUGAAGUUGAGUUGAUUGAUGGAAGGAGUUUGAAUGUAGAUGCUAUCAUCUACUGCACUGGAUACAAACCCAGCUUUAGUCUGUUGGAUUACGAAGCUGAUCCAACGGCUGUUACCACCCCGAAGUGGACUGCGUCCCAGGGGUCUAGGGGCAAACCGCUGCCUCGUCUGUAUCAGAAUGUUCUGUCUCUCAAGUACCCGGACUCACUCGCAUUCAUGGGGUGCGUGGCAUUUGCAACGGGGGCAUUCGUUCUAUAUGACCUGGCAUCCAUGGCUGUCGUGCAAAUUUGGAAGGGGAACUCGGAUCUUCCACCUCAGCACGAGAUGGAGCGGGCGGUUGACGAGCACCAUGAUUGGCUGUGUAACCUUGCAAAGAAAAGUAAUGUUCACCCGCAGCUUGUAAAUGGCCAUUCUUGGUCAGCAUGGGCGGACAAGAUGGCUGGAACUGGGAUUGACGAAUAUCUGGGGUGGGGUUGGAAGGGAUGGCGUUACUGGCUCAAGGACCGAUCUUUCUGUAACCUUCUCAUGGGUGGUAUCUACAGUCCACACAUCUACCGUUACUUCGAUGGCAAGAGAACUCGGUGGGUUCGAGCGAGGGAAGAGAUUGAGAAGGUGAACUACACCACUUUCAAGAACCGACUCAAAACCGAAUAG